AUGGAGAACCGCAAAGAGACAAACUCUGCCGUGGAUAUACCAACAGCCUAUUGCCCCGAUGUUGAAUCAAGCUCAAUCGCAGAAGGCACGGUGGUCGAAUCAUCCUCUUGGGAGAAAUCUCGUCAAUGGAUCCGGAGCAUCGGAGCCGAGGAGUAUGGCAUCGAGCGGGUUCCCGAAUCUCGAAGAAUAAAUCAAAGCCCGUGGUCGCUAUAUAUCGCAUUCUUUAGUUUCAACUGUUGCACGACGGCACUGGCUCUGGGGUACCUCGGACCAACCUUGUUCGGCUUGGGGUGGUGGGACUCUUUUCUCUGCGUGCUCUUCUUCAACCUUAUUGGAGCAGUGUUCCCUGCGAUAGUCACAGCUUUCGGUCACCGAACUGGCCUUCGGACACUAAUCAUGCCGCGCUUCUCUUUUGGUUGGUGGCCGGCAAAGGUAGUCGUCCUGCUCAACAUCUUCACUCAAAUGGGGUGGGCCAUCGUGAAUGCCCUCGCGGGUGGUGACAUCCUCUUCGUUGUUGGUGGUGGGAGGCUCCCAAAGGCAGUCUGCGUUAUUCUGAUCGGGGCGGUAUCUAUUAUUAUCGCUCUUUUCGGAUACGACUACAUCCAUGCCUAUCAACGAUAUGCUUGGCUUGUCAUGCUCUGCUGUUUUGUUAUUCUUGCUGGUUUCGGCGGCUCACAUUUCGAAAACAUUCCCAUGGGUUCCGGGUCACAGGAAACUGCUUCCGUCUUAGCUUUCGGUACAGCAAUAAUUGGCUGCGAGGUUGCAUGGGUUCCUUGUGCGGCGGACUACAGCGUGUAUAUGAACGAGGAAACCAAUGACUGGGCCGUUGUCGCCUGUUCCUACGGCGGCCUUUUCCUCAGCCAGUUCUUGCUCGAAGCACUGGGCGCUGCUUUGGGCACAUUGAUCUCGAGUCCAGAUGAACGGUUUAGGCGCGCGUAUGAUUCGCUCGGACUCGGUGGUUUGAUCGAAGAAACGUUUGCUGAUCGCGGCGCCGGUGUUCGCGGACUGGGCACCUUUGUCCAGAUCGUUUUAUCCUUCUCAACGGCAGCCGUGGGUGUCGUUUCGAUGUAUUCGAUUGGUCUCAGUUUCCAAAUGAUGACGGAGAAGGCGGUUCGGGUACCUCGUUUCAUAUUCACGGUUGUUGGAGGGGUUGUCUUCUUGGUAUGUGCGGUUGCAGGGCGAGAUCACCUCGAGAGCGUCAUGACAAACUUUGCCAAUAUAUGCGCGUACUAUCUAGUUCCUAUGACGACUGUCUUGUUAGCAGAGCACUAUAUCUGGAGGAAGGGGUUCACAUACAAUCUCACGGAUUGGAACGACAAGGAGAAGCUUCCUGUGGGGAUUGCCGCAGCCGUCAGUUUCACCCUGGGAACGCUUGUUGCCUUCCUCUGUAUGAGCCAAGCCUGGUGGGUGGGACCAAUUGCUGCAGCUAUUGGAGGCUCACCUACAGGAACGGAUAUAAGCUGGAUGCUGUCCCCUGCGGUCACAUUGGUUGUCUAUCUGCCAGGGCGAUACUGGGAGCUUCGGAAGUGGAAAAGAUAG